UUGAUUGUAUACAAGUACGCGCCGAGCUAUUUAUAUCAAUCUAGGCAUGCUUGCGCAGGCUCUCCUCUCCCCGGCGAGCCAGAGCCUGGCAAGUGAACAUAAAAGGAGACAUACGCCCAUGACUUCAAAGACACAAAUCAAACCUCAGAAUUGAUUUUUCCUCUUUUCUUUUUUCUUUUUGCUCAUUUCUCGACAAACGCUGCCUUAGAGACCAUGGCCAUUGAACUCAUCGCUCGCGAUUUGGUAUAUUCCGCAAUCCCUGACCUCCUCACCGGACCUGGCGAAACAACGACAGACACGACUCACAACUUGGAAUUCAAGGGGACACUCGUGCGUUGGAAAUCGUUUGCAGACGAGGUUCGCACCGUAUCUGAUAGUGUGCGGUGGCGCCACUUCCCAUCUGUCAUUGCAUAUGCACCCCCAGCACAACAUGCGGGUCCACAUCACACAUGCUCAGAGCAGCUUUACUGUGGAGAUGAACAAAGCGUUGUUGCUCGGUUCGGCCAGAACGUGAGCCAUGCGAUGAGCGCCGUCUUCCGCACUCUGGGUUUUCCCGGCAGGUUUGGGGAUUACAAAUCAUGUGUGGGCACCAGUCUCGGGCCAAUGGUUCCCGAUAUUGUGGUGCGUAAUGGUGCGGGCGAACUGUAG